AUGGCCACCGCACACCCCAACCUCUUCAGCUUUCCCAACUCUGAUGCGUUGGCUCAGCAAUUGCGCGUCUAUGUCCUCCGUGCCCAAAAUACCGCCCUGAACCGUCACCAUAGCUUCCGCCUCGCUGUUUCUGGUGGUUCCCUCCCCGCCAACCUGGCUAAAGCCCUUCUUGCCCCCAGCAAUGGCACCCCCGAAGACACUCCUCAGUUCGACAAGUGGCACAUCUUCUUCGCUGAUGAGCGUGCUGUACCUCUCGACGAUGAAGAGAGCAACUACCGCCUCCUGAAGGAUGAGCUCAUCGCAAAGAUCCCCGCGGAGCUCGGUACUCCGGUCAUCCACCCCAUCGACGAGAAGCACGUCCACGACGACGACCCCCAGGAGCUGGCCGACCUCUACCAGGAGGAUCUGAUGCGCGAAUUCGCCGCCAAGGAUAGCGUCAAACUGCCAGUGUUCGACCUCAUUCUGCUCGGCUGCGGUCCCGAUGGCCACACCUGCUCGCUCUUCCCUGGUCAUGAGCUGCUCCGUGAGAAGGACGCCUGGGUUGCUGCCGAGAGCAACUCGCCCAAGCCUCCUCCCAAGCGUAUUACCCUUACUCUGCCUGUUGUGACGCACGCCGUCAACAUUGCCUUUGUCGCUACUGGUGCAGGCAAGAAGGAGAUUCUCAAGCAGAUCUUUGACCUUGAUGAGGGUAGCAGCCUACCCUCUGCUCUGGUCAACCAGGGUGCAGGUGAGAGGGUCAGCUGGUUCACCGAUCACCCAGCAAUUGACGGAGUCUCCUUCCCCCGUCGUGGAAGUCUGUAA